UGCUAGGGUUUGCGAUGGGCGAAUUCAUUCGUUUGGGAUGAGGGUGCUGGCCUGCCCCUGCGCGACAUUGUGGGCGGCGGCGCACACCAAGCCCAGCGCCGCCACCACCACCCUUGUCUCCUCCACCGCCAGCACCGCCCAGGUACUGUCUCUCCAAUGCGGACAGCCAGCGCCGCCGGACAUCUGUGAUCAUCACCAUCAUCCCCGGGGAUUUUCGCUGCCUAGGGUUCUUGAGCUCGGGCAUCUGGAUCGCGAUGAUCCAGCAGAGAAGGAAUUGGAUCUACCAGCGUACAGAAAUCUCAUCCAGAGAAGCAGCGAUGCCAAGAGCGCGCUCAAGCUCUACUGGCGCGCGCGCCAGCAAUUCCUGGGCGUCGAAUCCACAGGGAUCCCUCCAGACGGCAGUGAUCGAGGGUUGGCGCCUCCUCCACCCGCCGAGACGUGGAAUUCGAUCGAGGAGAUGGGCGUGGCGGUGCUGGAGCUCUGCCUGGCGGCGCUGGCCAGCGGAUUGGCAGGCGGCGAGAACCGCUACGUUCUCGAGAAGCUCUUCCUCAAGAUGCAGUACGCGCGCCUCCCAAUCUCCAAGUUCCAGUGCCGCCGCUUACUCCUCCAAUGCGGCGGCGCCGCCAACGAUCACGUCCUCCUCCGCGCGCUCUACGCCUUCAUGCGCCGCCGCCGGAUGCUCACCACCGCGCUGUGCAACCACAGCAUCCAGGCCCUGGGCGAGCACGGCAAGUGGUGGGCGGCGCUGGAGAUCUUCGAGACCAUGGCGGAGGCGGGCUGCCCGCCCAACGAUCUCACCCGCAAGCUCAUCCGCGAGCAAUUCUCCUUCCUCCUCCGCGCCGCCAAGAGGAAGAAGAACUCGUGGAGGUGGAGCUUGAUGCUCCUGGGCAAGAUGGAGGACAAGGGGCUAGAGCCCGGGAAGGAGGCGUGGGACGUAGCGAUGGUGGCGUGCGCUCGCGCCGGGCGGAGCAAAGAGACGCUGGAGCUCUUCGCGCGGAUGAUCCGGGCGGGCCACGCGCCCGACGCGCGAUCCUUUGGAUCGCUGCUCAGUUCGAUCGAGAAGGGGCGAUUGGUCUCGAUCCGGGACAUGGAGCUGGUCCUGGAGAGCAUGCGGAGGAGCGGCGUGAGGCCGAUCGAAUCGAUCUACACGACGCUCAUCGCGGCGCACGGCAAGGCCGGCGGUGGCGCCGCCGCCGCCAUUCCCAGGAUCGUGGAGGAGAUGCAAUCGCAAGGAGUCGCCAUGGGGCUGGCGAGCUACAAUGCCAUCAUCACGGUGUGCGCGCGCGGCGGCGACGCGGCGGGGGCGGUGGAGUGGAUGCGCAGGCUCGAGGCGGCGGGGAUCGAGCCCAAUUCCAUCACGUAUAACAAGCUGGUGGAAGCGCUGGCGGCGGGGAAUCGGUGGCGGGAGGCCAUGGCGGCGUACGUGGCCAUGGUGGAAUCCGACCGGCUGGAGCCAUCGCCAUGGGCCUACGAUGCUCUCGCGCGGGUGUGUAGAGCGAAUAGCAUUCCAAUCGACCACCGCGUCGUGGGAUGGAGGCCGAGACAACUGAUCCAACACCGCCUAGAGGAAGAAGAAAUCCACCAAGAACCCUAAAUCCAAGGCGAAGCACCCUAAAUCUAAGAACCCUAAAAACAAGUAGCUUAAAAAGGGGUUAAAGCCGAAAAAA